GCUUGCUUUUGGUUUUCGACCCUCAUCUUCGUUUCACAUGAGUCAUGUUACGUUCUGAGCUGAGUAACUGCUGGGGCUAUUUUUACUCCAGCUCAGCAAAGCUUCCUUCUCGCUGCCGCCACCGCCACUGCCGCUCGCUGUGGACCCGGGGGCAAAGGAUGGGGACACGAGUGCGGGAGACAGCACCAGUGGCUCCACUUUGAGGCUUGUCAAGGCUCAGCGCACGCACACAAACACACACUCACAACCCAGAGCAAAAACAUUUGCUCUCACCUGUCUCCAAACCCAAAGCAAACCUCCCGAUCAAGCCAACUCUUGGAACGAGAAGGCACCCGAGCCAGAAUCUAAUGUAAGGGGAAGAAAUUCAGUGCACACUGGCAACUUUUCUCUAAAAAGCGAGUGGCAAAAAGGAAGGAAAGGAGCAUUUUAAGAAGAGGACAACUUAAGGAAGAAGAUUUCAUUUUUUGGAUUUCACUCCAAACUUUGGAAAAGUUUUUUUUUCCUUUUAGUUACUAUUCUGUGCACCUUCUUCUAAGAACAUUGAGACAUUGUUACCUGCAUGUAAAAGCUUUUACAGGUACAUAUUUUUUUUAAAAGGGAAGAAAACCAAGAGGAAACCAAGAGGGAUGUGGACCACCUAGCCAAAGGCACCACUGAAGCAUCCCUUGCGCCAAGGGGGACCCAGACUCUGGAUGUGCAUAAUUCCGAGGGACUGCAUUUUUUUCCCACCGGGCUUAUGAGAUAGCGCAGAGGCAGGCGAGUCACCGAGAAUUACUUGUCUCCCCUCACCACCAGCACCAGCACCUCCACGUCCUCCUCCAAGGGCUCCCGCGGCUCUCCCACCUCCUCCCGGCUCGCAGGGGGGACCCCAUACCCGAAGACAUUUAUGAGAUUUUGGGUGGCAGCUCAGUGCACUCCAUCAGUGAUCUCCAGCGUGCCCUGCGGAUAGACUCCGUAGAGCAGGACAGCUCGAGCCUGAGCCUGAAUGCAUCUCAGCCUGAUCAAAGCCCUGUGGCCCUGUCUCGAGAGCGACGAAGCCUAGAUGCUCUGGCAGCAGCAGAGACGGCUGUCCUGGCCGAGUGCAAGACACGGGAGGUGGUGUUCGAAAUCUCCCGCGCCAUGGUGGACAGCACCAACGCCAACUUUGUGGUGUGGCCGCCCUGCGUGGAGGUGCAGCGCUGCUCUGGCUGCUGCAACAACCGCAACGUGCAGUGCCGCCCCACGCAGAUCCGCGUCCGGCCCGUCCAGGUGAACAAGAUCGAGUUUGUCCAGAGGAAGCCAAAAUUCACAAAAGUCAUUGUGCCUUUGGAGGACCACGUGCAGUGUCGGUGUGAAGCUGUGUUCCGACCGCCCCCCAGGAACAUCCGUCCAGGGCCACGGGAACAGAGACGCUUGUCCCCGGCGUUCACCACAGCCGCUGUCUCACAGAGGCGGCGAGUACGCCGGCCGCCGGCACAGAAGAGGAAACAUAAGAAGUACAAGCAUGUCAACGAUAAGAAAGUGCUGAAAGAAAUCCUCAUAGCAUAGAAGUGCUGGCCGGGGAGAGAGAGCACAAGGCAGGUUUAUUUAAUAUAUUUGCUGUAUAGCCCCCAUGGGGUCCUUGGAAUGAUAACUUUUCCUCUUUGUCCAUCUGCCUCGACGUCUGAUUCAGACGGCAAUUGGUGCUUCCCUUUCCAUCAGUGGACCUUCUCCCACCAAAGCCUCCCUUUCAUUUAUUAGCAUAAUUUUAAAGUUUAACACACACACACACAAAAGGACAAGGAUGUCCUACAUAUAUAUAUAUGAGAAAAGAACAAAGUACAAAUAAAACCAUGAAUGCCAACAGCCACAGCUUGCGAUGAGAACAGGACAAUUCCUUCCCUGCUACGAAGGACAGGAUGGAAAA